AUGCAAGACACUGCGAAGACGCGCGAGGAGUAUGGGCUGGAGCUGCUUUGCCCGGAUGGGGCUGCAAAGAGAGUCAGUUUUAUCGGGGAAGUCUGCACAAUAGGCACGGGCCCAACAGCAGAUGUGAAACUCUCCCACGGGGACGCGCUGGAGUGCGUUUUGGACUACAAGAACGACGUCCUCCGGGUCGUCUCCGGAAGGGUCAAAAUAAACGGGGAAAUAGUCACGAGCGAGCUGAAAAUGCACUAUCCCUGCAUAAUAGAGGCAGCAGAGAGACUCUUCAGAAUCACAAAGGCCGUCAUCCCGCAGGAGCGGAUAGAGGCGAAAAAAACAGAAACUCCCCCGCAGGAGGAGCAGGAAGAGAGCGAGGAGGACGAGUCGGGGGAAGAGAGCUCGAGCGAGGAAGCCCGCAUCUUCUCGAUCGAGGAGAGCAUAAAGGAGGGCCACGGACAGUGGGAGGGCGUAAGCCUCACGGAGCUCGCAGAGUUUCAGAUCUCGGAGGGAACGGAGAAGAUCAUCUCAGACUUCCUCGAGAGAGUCGACAUGGACGAGCUCUCAAACGGAACAGACCGCGAACUCGAGCCGGAAAUGCACUCGGACGACGUCAGGGCGCAGGAGGAGGCACGCGGACUCCGGGAGAUGCAGGAGGAGGCAGAGGGAGCGUUCAACCUCUCCAGGAUCAGCAUCUUCGAGGGAAUCCCGUUUGAGGAUCCCGCAGACGCGAAGAGCCUCGCAGGAGUGACCCCCGGGGAGUGCAGCAAGCAGCUGGACAGCGAACUCCUCGUGGAGGCACCCGCAGAAGAUCACUCCGUCCUCGGGGGAGAGACCCUCCUCGCAGACGAGACGAUAAUGCACGAUCGAGUUAAUGGGGCAAUAGCGAAUGAGACUGUAGCUGAAGCAAUAGCAGAAGAGACUGUAGUUGAAGAAGCAAUAGCAGAAGAGACUGUAGUAGUUGAUGAGACUGAAGUAGCUGAUGAGACUGUAGUUGAACCAAUAGCAGAAGAGACUGUAGUAGUUGAUGAGGCUGUAGUUGAAACAAUAGCAGAAGUUGAUGCUGAACCAAUAGCUGAAGUUGAACUUGCUGAACCAAUAGCCGAUGUUCAAGAGACUAUAGCCGAAGAGACUGUAGUUGAACCAAUAGCUGAAGUUGAAGAAGUUAAUGUUGAUGCUGAGACUAUAGCCGAUGUUCAAGAGACUAUAGUUGAACCAAUAGCCGAUGUUGAACUUGCUGAGUUUAACGAGACUGUAGUAGCAGAUGAACCAAUAGCCGAUGAAGUUAAUGAGAAAGUGGGCUCUGAACCAGCUGAGUUUAACGAACUUAACGAGACUAAAGGCAGUGAGUCCAUAUCAUUCCACUCUGAGAAGACAGUGACUCUGGAACCAACGGAGGAACCAACAGAGGAAAGUGCAGUUAGUGCUGUCUCACGGACAGCAGGCGAUGAAACUGUCCCUGAAAUUUGCCCUGGAACUCCAAGUACUUCUCGUCCCUGUGCUGAUCCCGUCACUCCAGGAAGAUCCAUUAGAAGAGCAUCUAUCUCGCACCAGCUCACUCAGAUGGUACGGGAGAAAGAGCCUGCAAAGAAGAAGCGAGCGACUGGGAAAAGAAAAAAACAAAAGGCGAAGAAAUAA